AUGGCGAUGGCGGACGCCGGAGACCACGGCCUGGAGUUCCUAUCAGAUCCAAUCGACAGGUUCCCACUGCCGGAUCUUGCCGCGGUGGAAGCAAGCCAGUCUCCUUGGUGCGCCAUGGCUCAAUCUGGCAAUAGUGCUGUUGGAGAUGGCGCACUGAUAGCAGAAGAAUCAUGUGAGAGCGGCCUCAAAAGGAUCUCCCUGCCAAAUUCAGAGCUUCAAGCAGACAAGGGGCAUGCACAAGCGUCUGACUCCGGCAACAAGUUUCGUUUGCCUGAUCUCACCAACAGUAAAUCAUUGCUGGAUGGCGAAGCGAUGCAAACUUUAGUAUGCAUAGCCGCUGAAUACAGCAUUGGUGAUGUAACACCAACAAUAGAAGCAGAUGUCAACCAAACUCAGGCAAGGACAAUCCUCAAGCACCUAGGAGGACCAAGAGGGGUCAAUGUUGAGUCGCUUGGAGAAGCAUAUGAUUACUAUAAUCUCUAUUCCUGGGAGAUUGGGUUUGGGAUAAGGUACGGCAAGAGCAGGCUUAAUGUCGAAAGAACAAAAUGCAUGCAGGAGAUAGUCUAUGGCCGAAAAAGAGUAACACUAGGACAUGCAGAUGCAGAUACCCUGCAAUGA